AUGGCGAUGGCUCAGCUGCGAGCUGAGAGUGACUUCGAGCAGCUGCCUGAUGACGUGGCCAUGUCUGCUAACAUCGCAGACAUCGAGGAGAAGAGCGGUUUCAGCAGCCACUUUGUCUUCGUCAUCGAGGUGAAGACCAAAGGGGGGGCCAAGUACCUUAUCUACCGCCGCUACCGCCAGUUCCAUGCACUGCAUGCUAAGCUAGAGGAGCGCUUUGGGCCCCUCAACAAGGUGAACUCUUUCUGCUGCAAACUGCCAGCACUCCCAGCCAAGGUCUUCGUGGGUGCAAAGCAAGAGAUCGCAGAGUCACGGAUCCAGCCUCUGAAUGCCUACAUGAAGGACCUCCUCAGCCUGCCCGUGUGGGUCCUGAUGGACGAAGAUGUUCGUCUCUUCUUCUACCAGUCAGCGUAUGACUCUGAGCAAGUGCCCCAGGCUCUCCGCCGGCUUCGCCCACACACCCGGAAACUAAAGAGCGUGUCCCCACAAAGUGCCAGCUCGGACCGCCUGGCUGCUCCUCGAGCAGAGGCCCUGUUCGACUUCACUGGGAACAGCAAGCUGGAACUGAACUUCAAGGCUGGGGAUGUCAUCUUCCUCCUCAGCAGGGUCAAUAAAGACUGGCUGGAGGGCACCAUCCGGGGAACCACUGGCAUCUUCCCCGGGUCCUUUGUGAAAAUCCUCAAGGAUUUCCCGGAGGAGGAUGACCCUACCAACUGGCUGCGUUGUUACUACUAUGAGGACAGUCUCAGCACCACCAUCAAGGACAUAGCGGUGGAGGAGGACCUUAGUAGCACCCCACUCUACAAGGACCUGCUAGAGUUGAUGCGGCGAGAGUUCCAGAGGGAUGACAUCGCCCUCAACUACCGCGAUGCUGAGGGGCACCUGAUCCGCCUCCUCUCGGAUGAGGACGUGAGACUUAUGGUGAAGCGGGCUCGGGGGCUCCCUACCCAGAAGCGCCUCUUUUCCUGGAAGAUGCACAUCACCCCGAGGGAUGACUACCGGCUCUACAACACUGCUCCCUGAGCCCAUGAGAUCCCGGGCAGUGGGUUCUAGUUAGAGAGAGCCUGGUGCCAUG